CACAUAGACUUAACUGGAACACUUGAGUUAAGAAAAGACAAAUGAUGAAUUAUAUAAAAUCCUUAAGUCCAGACAUCUUUAAUAAUACAUGUUAAAUUAAUGUCCUUUUACAUUGUGGACAGAAACAUUCUAAAUACUUUAUCACUGAGUGAUUAUCCUUAGCCUACUUAUGGAAUCUGGCAGCAGGAGACUAUAAAUAUGCAUAUACCUAUAUAUUUAUCUGUGUGUGUGUAUAUAUAUAUGUAUGUACAUCCUGGAAUUCUUGUGUCAUUAUUAUUUCUUUGUUCCUCCUAUAGAUUAUAUCAAAUCGAAUCCCUAAAAUGGAAGAAGCCAGAAGUCAAAGUUUGGAGGAAGACUUUGAAGGACAGGCCACACAUACAGGACCUAAAGGAGUAAUAAACGACUGGAGAAAGUUUAAAUUAGAGAGUCAAGACAGUGAUUCAAUCCCACCUAGCAAGAAGGAGAUUCUCAGGCAAAUGUCUUCUCCUCAGAGUAGGAAUGGCAAAGAUUCAAAGGAACGAGUCAGCAGAAAGAUGAGCAUUCAAGAAUAUGAACUAAUCCAUAAAGAGAAAGAGGAUGAAAACUGCCUUCGUAAAUACCGUAGACAGUGUAUGCAGGAUAUGCACCAGAAGCUGAGUUUUGGGCCUAGAUAUGGGUUUGUGUAUGAGCUGGAAACUGGAGAGCAAUUCCUAGAAACAAUUGAAAAGGAACAGAAGAUCACCACAAUAGUUGUUCACAUUUAUGAAGAUGGUAUUAAGGGCUGUGAUGCUCUAAACAGUAGUUUAACAUGUCUUGCAGCAGAAUACCCUAUAGUUAAGUUUUGUAAAAUAAAAGCUUCGAAUACAGGUGCUGGAGACCGCUUUUCCUUAGAUGUACUUCCUACAUUGCUCAUCUAUAAAGGUGGGGAACUCAUAAGCAAUUUUAUUAGUGUUGCUGAUCAGUUUGCUGAAGAAUUUUUUGCUGGGGAUGUGGAGUCUUUCCUAAAUGAAUAUGGGUUACUACCUGAAAGAGAGGUACAUGCCCUAGAGCAUACCAAAAUAGAAGAAGAAGAUAUUGAAUGAAGAUUCACUAUGUUAAUAUCUCAUGUGUAUCCUUUAGGCAUUGGAUGAUGGUUUUGGUAGUAUCUAUAUUGCUUUAGUGAACACAGAGUAUGGGCAUGGGCAUGGUUAUGCUAAUUUGACAAAAAUGAUUGAUGCAACAAUCGAGUUAUUAGCAUUUCUUAGUAUUAGUUACUCAAAUUGAUACAAUGCUUGAUUACAAAACACAGCUGUCUUCAGCAACAUUAUUAAUAAACAAAGAGGAUGUGGAUAAUAUUACGACAUUUUCCAAAAAUCCCUUUCAAGUUACGUUUUGUCUUUUUUACUCCAUUUUCCCUCCUCACUGUUAUUAUUGUUUGGGCUUUUCAAAUUACAUUAUUCAUUAUAAUUUUAUUUGUGUAAUAAAAAUAAAAUCUCAUGAGGAAAUAAAUUUUCUGUUUGAAGUC